AGAGAAGUAGACGGUUUCGGACGCAGCGUUCACCUGUCGCCAUUUUAAGAGAGUAAAUUAUGAAUAUGAAGGGGGGAAACAGCAUUAAAGUGUUUAAUAGAAACGUUUAUUAGAGUUUAAGCAGGAAUUUCCGUGUAUCUUUAUGAUGUUAAAGCUGGAGGAUUUGAGAAGCUGUGUCUUGUAAAGGUUUGAUCAAGAGUCAGUGGAGGAGAUCAAACUCAUCAGAUUCUCCUCAAGCUUCAUCAUGACUGAUUCACAAGGAUCCAGAGAUGGAGAUUUUUCUCCAGGAUGCAGUUCAGUCCAGCAGAAGAGCUCAAACCCAGAGUCCAGCUGUGUGUCUAUGAAGAGGAACUGGUCUGUGAAUAACCCACUAAUAAGGUUUAAGAGUGGAAACAAAUGUUCAGUCCAGCAGAAGAGAUCAAAUCCAGAGUCCAGCUGUGUGUCUGUGAAGAGUGACUGCUCUAUGAAUCACCCAAUAACGUUUAAGAGUGGAGACAAACUGCCUGAUCUCAGUUCAGUCCAGCAGAAGAGAUCAAACCCAGAGCCCAGCUGUGUGUCUAUGAAGAGUAACUGCUCUAUGGAGAAGCCACCAAUGUUGAAGAGUGGAGACAAAUGGCCAGAUCUCAGUUGUAAAACCAGUUCAGUCCAUCAGAAGAGCUCAAAACCAGAGUCCAGCUGUGUGUCUAUGAAGAGUAACUGCUCUAUGGAGAAGCCACCAAUGUUGAAGAGUGGAGACAAACGGCCAGAUCUCAGUUCAGUCCAGCAGAAGAGAUCAAACCCAGAGUCCAGCUGUGUGUCUAUGAAGAGUAACUGCUCUAUGGAGAAGCCACCAAUGUUGAAGAGUGGAGACAAACGGCCAGAUCUCAGGUCAAAUCUUCAGUCCAGACCAGUUAAAAACAAAAUUGUGUUCACGCCUGUGAUUCAACCACAAGACUUUAAUGAAAGAAUGAAUCCUGGUUUCAGCCAUGACUCUAAACCUGCUGAAGUCCUCAACACAUUGAGAUCAAAUCUGAGGAAGAAGUUUGAGUGUUUGUAUGAGGGAAUAUCAAAGCAGGGAAACCCAACACUCCUGAAUGAGAUCUACACAGAGCUCUACAUCACAGAGAGUGAAAGUGGAGAAAUCAGUAAUGAGCAUGAGGUGAGACAGAUUGAGACACAGUCCAGGAGAGCAGAAACAGAGGACACACCGAUCAAAUGCAGUGACAUCUUUAAACCUUUACCUGGACAAGACAAAUCCAUCAGAACUGUACUGACAAAGGGAGUCGCUGGCAUUGGAAAAACAGUCUCUGUGCAGAAGUUCAUCCUGGACUGGGCUGAAGGGAAAGAGAAUCAGGACAUUCAGCUCAUAUUUCCACUUCCUUUCAGAGAGCUCAACUUCAUGAAGGACAAAACGCUCAGUCUUUCAGAUCUUCUUCAUGUAUUUUUCCCUGAAACAAAAGAAAUGGAAAUAUCCAGUGACAAAUAUAAAGUUUCAUUCAUCUUUGAUGGUCUGGAUGAGUGUCGUCUGUCUCUGGAUUUUCAGAGCGAUGUGAGGUUGUGUGAUGUGACUGAAUCGGCCUCAGUGGACGUGCUGCUGAUGAACCUCAUUGUGGGGAAUCUGCUUCCCUCUGCUCUCAUCUGGAUCACCUCCAGACCAGCAGCAGCUGAUCUUGUCCCCUCUGAGUGUGUCCAUCGACUGACAGAGGUACGAGGCUUCAGUGACCCACAGAAGGAGGAAUACUUCAGGAAGAGAAUCAAUGAUCAGGGACUGACCUACAGGAUCAUCUCACACCUGAAGUCAUCAAGGAGCCUCUUUAUUAUAUGCCACAUCCCAGUGUUCUGCUGGAUCUCAGCCACUGUUUUAGAGAAGAUGUUGAGUGAAGCAGAGAGAGGAGAGAUUCCCAAGACUCUCACUCAAAUGUACACACACUUCCUGCUCAUUCAGACCAACAUCAAACAUGAGAAGGACUAUGAGAAGAAAGUGAAAGAUGAAGACAUGAUUGUCAAACUAGGGAAACUGGCUUUCCAGCAGCUUGUGAAAGGAAACCUGAUCUUCUAUGAGGAAGACCUGAGAGAGUGUGGCAUUGAUGUGACAGAAGCAUCAGUGUACUCAGGAUUGUGCACUCAGAUCUUCAGAGAGGAGUUGGGCUUGUAUCAGGGGAAAGUCUUCUGCUUUGUUCAUCUGAGCAUUCAGGAACAUCUAGCAGCUCUAUAUGUGCAUCUCUCCUUCAUAAACAAGAACAUCAAUGUGUUUGACCAGAUUACCAAACCAACUAACGGAGACAAAGUUUCACUAUCUGAUCUCCAUCAGAGAGCUGUGGAUGAGGCUUUAGACAGUAAAAAUGGGCAUCUGGACCUUUUCCUUCGUUUCCUUCUGGGUCUGUCAGUGGAGUCUAAUCAGAGUCUCUUACAAGAACUAAAGACACAGACAGGAAACAGAUCUCACAACAAUAAGAAAACAGUUGGAUAUAUUAAAGAGAAGAUCAGUGAGAAUCCCUCUCCAGAUAAAUACAUCAAUCUGUUUCACUGUCUGAAUGAACUGGGUGAUCUUUCACUAGUGAACGAAGCUGAACCUCAUACUUAUGGAGGACUACGUGAUGUGAAACUCUCCUCAUCUCAGUGGUCAGCUUUAGUUUUUGUGUUGUUGACCUCAGAGCGGACAAUGCAGGAGUUUGACCUGCACAGAUUAAUUGAAUCUAAAAAUGAUCAUGACGCAGAAAAUACAGCAGAUGAAGUUCUUCAGAAGCUCCUGCCUGUGGUUACAGCAACUAGAUCAGUUUCAUUGUGGGAUUGUGGUGUCACAGAUGAAGGAUGUGCUGCUCUGUCUUCAGCUCUGAGAUCAAACCCAUCACACCUGAGAAAACUAGAUCUUUCUGUGAAUAAUCUAGGAGACUCAGGAGUGAAGCUAGUCUCUGCUGUUCUGGAGAAUCCUCACUGUAAACUGGAGACACUGUGGUUGAGGGAGUGUGGUGUCACAGGUGAAGGUUGUGCUGCUCUGGCUUUAGCUCUGAGAUCAAACCCCUCACACCUGAGAAAACUGAAUCUCUCUGGGAAUAGACUAGGAGACUCAGGUGUGGAGCUAGUCUCUACAGGACUGGAGAAUCCUUACUGUAAACUGGAGGAACUGAGGUUGAUGGAUUGUGGUGUCACAGAUGAAGGUUGUGCUGCUCUGGCUUCAGCUCUGAGAUCAAACCCCUCACACCUGAGAAAACUAGAUCUGACUGUGAAUAAUCUAGGAGACUCAGGAGUGAAGAUAGUCUCUGCUGUACUGAAGAAUCCUCAUUGUAAACUAGAGGAACUGUGGUUUAGGAAGUGUGGUGUCACAGAUGAAGGUUGUGCUGCUCUGGCUUCAGCUCUGAGAUCAAACCCCUCACACCUGAGAGAACUGGGUCUGACUGGGAAUAAACUAGGAGACUCAGGAGUGAAGAUGCUCUCUGAUCUGAAGGAUGAUCCACAUUAUAAACUGCAGUCAUUAUGGUUUGGCUAUUAGAUGACAGUCUGAUCUUCUGAUGAUCAUCUGAUGGUGAAUAAGGUGGUGGAUUACAGAGACUCACAGUCAACAGAAUCAGAGACUGAAGAUACAGUGACUUCACUGUUAUAAAUUAAGACUUCAUUUAGAUUUCAAUGAUCCUCUGACAGACAUGAUAAGGCGGCAGUGAAACACCUCUUAUUUCAGAGCAGCAGAUUACAGUUUCUCAUUCAGAGAUUAACCAUUUUAUUUGUAUAAAGGCACAAUAUAAACUCAAAAAAGUUGGAGUUUUGCUACAAAGAAAAUAUAGAGCCUGAUGUUUGUGUUUGUGUUGUACCAGUAGAGGGAGACAAAGACUAAUGAAAGAUUCAUUUUUCAUAUAUAUAUAUAUAUAUAUAUAUAUACACAGCAAAAAAAGAAACGUCCCUUUUUCAGGACUGUGCAUUUCAACAAUAAUGUUGUAAAAAUCCAAAUAACUUUACAGGUCUUCAUUGUAAAGGGUUUAAACAAUGUUUUCCAUGCAUGUUCAAUUAACCAUAAUCAAUUAAUUAACAUGCACCUGUGGAAUGGUCGUUAAGACCUUAACAGCUUACAAAAAGUAGGCAUUUAAGGUCACAGUUCUUAAAACGCAGGACACUAAAGAGACUUGUCUACCGACUGUGAAAAACACCCAAAGAAAGAUGCCCAGGGUCCCUGCUCAUCUGCGUGAACGUGCAUUAGGCAUGCUGCAGGGAGGCAUGAGGACUGCUGAUGUGGCUAGGGCAAUAAAUUGCCAUGUCCGCACUGUGAGACGCCUGAGACAGCGCUACAGGGAGACAGGAAGGACAGCUGAUCAUCCUCGCAGUGGAAGACCACGUGUUGAGCACGUCUGGGACCUGUUGGAUCGCAGGGUGAGGGCUAGGGCCAUUCCCCCCAGAAAUGUCCAGGAACUUGCAGGUGCCUUGGUGGAAGAGUGGGGUAACAUCUCACAGCAAGAACUGACAAAUCUGGUCCAGUCCAUGAGGAGGAGAUGCACUGCAGUACUUCAAGCAGCUGGUGGCCACACCAGAUACUGACUGGUACUUUUGAUUUUGAGCCUCCCUUCAUUCAGGGACACAUUGUCAAACAUUUUUAGUUUAUGUCUUAUGGUGUUGACUCUUUUAGUGUUCAUACAAAUAUUUACACAUUAAGUUUACUGAAAGUAAAAACAGUUGAAAGUCA